ACAGAGGAGGAGAGGGCACGGGGCAUGUAGCUUGCGCAGAAUCAGACGGCUGAUAUGGCGGCAGCUGGGUCUGAACCUGGGUGACGUGGCCUCAAAGGUAGCUCUCUUCUCCACUCGGCUCAUCAGUGUAGCAGUGGCUGCAUGCCGGACACUGUUCUGGGAAGUUCGGCUUGGUUCUCUUCAAGCAAGCCUUCCAGUAACACUGAAGUGUAUUACAGGUCUUCCCGUUGGGAGAAACCAGGCUGCUGAGAUGGGUGACUCACCCGAAAGGUCCUUUUCCCACCUCUCCGUGGAACUGGUCUCGUGCCCGAUCCCCAGGGCCAAAGGGAUGGAACUGAUGGUUCCCUGUCUUUUCCCUGCAGACCGGAGCCUCCCCAACACCGUCUGGGAUGCUGUGUCAGGGUGUUCGCCAGCUUGGUCAGAAGCUGGUCCGCAGGAGGCCCCUGGAGCCAUGGGAGGGGGCCAAGAGCUCCUUGGCCCGCUGCCUGACCACCCUGGAUCUGGUGGCCCUGGGCGUGGGCAGCACCCUGGGAGCGGGUGUGUAUGUCCUGGUUGGCGAGGUGGCCCGGGAGAAAGCCGGACCAGCGAUCGUCGUCUGCUUCUUGGUGGCCGCCCUGUCUUCUAUGCUGUCCGGGCUCUGCUACGCGGAGUUUGGGGCCCGCGUGCCUUGCUCCGGCUCUGCGUACCUCUACAGCUAUGUCACCGUGGGGCAGCUGUGCGCCUUCAUCACCGGCUGGAACCUCAUACUCUCCUACGGCCUUGGCGCUGCCAGCGUGGCCAGGGCCUGGAGCUCUGCCUUUGACAGCCUGCUUGGGAACCGCAUCUCAGGGUCGCUGCCAGAGGGCUUCUCUCUGCACGUGCCCCAUGUCCUGGCCAAGUACCCAGACUUCUUCGCGCUGGGCCUGGUGCUGCUGCUUAGCGGACUGCUGGCUCUGGGAGCUAGGGAGUCCGCCCUGGUCACUAAGAUGUUCACGUGCAUCAACCUCCUGGUUCUCGGCUUCAUCAUCAUCUCUGGCUUCAUCAAAGGAGAUCCGCACCACUGGCAGCUCACGGAGCAGGACUACAAACUGGCCAUGCUGGGGUCCAAUGACACACACAGCUUGGGCCCUCUGGGCUCUGGGGGGUUUGCGCCAUUUGGCUUUGAUGGGAUUCUCCGCGGAGCAGCUACGUGUUUCUUCGCCUUUGUUGGUUUUGAUGGCAUUGCCACUACAGGGGAGGAGGCCCGAAACCCCCAGCGUUCCAUCCCCUGGGGCAUCGUGAUCUCACUCCUUGUCUGCUUCCUGGUGUAUUUCGGUGUCUCCGCGGCUGUCACCCUCCUGAUGCCCUACUACCAGGUCGAUCCCAGCAACCCCUUGCCGCAGGCCUUUCUCCACAUCGGAUGGGGCCCUGCCAGAUACGCAGUGGCUGUCGGCACCCUCUGUGCUCUGUCAUCCAGCCUCAUGGGUGCCUUGUUCCCUAUGCCGCGGGUCAUCUACGCGAUGGCAGUCGACGGACUCCUUUUCCGGGGACUUGCCCGGACCCACACCCGCACGCACACCCCCAUCAUCGCCACCAUCGUUUCUGGAACUCUUGCAGCUUUCAUGGCAUUCCUCUUUGAGCUCAGCGACCUUGUGGACCUCGUGUCAAUAGGGACCCUGCUUGCUUACUCCCUGGUGGCCUUUUCUGUCCUCGUCCUCAGGUACCAGCCAGACCAGAAUGUAAGCAAGGAGAAAACAGUGGUGGAAAUAACUGAGGUGAAGCCUGAACGUGAGGCGGGUUCUCUGGAGUCUGCACCUGAGGCAGGAAGCUCACAGACUCCGCAGAGUUGGGGCAUCCCCGCCAGCACCAUGCCUACUCUGAGGUCUGGCCGCAUCGUCUAUGGGUGUGCCUCACUGCUUGCUCUGCUGCUGACGGGCCUGGGUCUGAUUCUGGCCCAGUGGCCGGGCCUGCUGUCGUCUGGGGACCCCAGAUGUGCGACAGUGGUGGGGCUGCUGCUUCUGCUCAUCUCGGGGACCACCAUCGCCAUUUGGAGACAGCCCCAGAACCACACUUCUCUUCACUUCAAGGUCCCUGCCCUGCCUGUCCUCCCCGUGCUGAGCAUCUUUGUGAACAUUUAUCUGAUGAUGCAGAUGACCGCUAGGACCUGGGCCCAAUUUGGUGUCUGGACAGUGAUCGGGUUCGCCAUGUACUUUGGAUAUGGGAUCCGGCACAGCUUGGAGAAGGGUGAUCGACAGCCACCAGCCUCAAGCUCCCAAACUCUCCACAGAAACAUUCCUAGUGGUGAAUUGGUUUAACCAUAGGAAAGAGAGGCCAUGUAGAGUACCC